AUGUUUUUAGCUUUGAUACCUAUAAACCUUGACAUCUACUUUGAAAUAGGGCAUAACCGUGCGUGUUUUCCAGAACCAGCAGUUCAUUCUGAAGAUAAAAAGGACAAAGACAUUGAAGAUAACGAUAGGCUCGAUGUGAAGACAACACCAACACCUGGUGCUUUACCGAACGCUGAAUUAUCGAAAGCAGCCCGAGGACUACUGAUAAAGUUGUUGGAAGUAAACCCUCAAUAUCGCCUCAAGUCAUUACGGCAGCUCCAGCAGACGGCUUUUUUUAUGGGAUUCAACUUUGAUGAUAUAAAUAUAAAAAAGAUUUCUCCAAAAACCAUGCUACAGCAGUAUGGAGAGCAAAAUGCAUUUCCCGAAAAAGCCGAAGAUGUGCCAUUUACUAAUUUUAAUCAAAAUCUUCAUAUAACUGAAUAA